UGCAAAGCUGACGUCACUACAGACUACAAGUCACGUGAUCGGAGGUCGCCAUAUUAGAGGUUCCCAUUUUCAUUGUGCGGCGAGAAGUAUAAAACACUAAAUCGACCAAUUUACAUCAAUACACACGUUUUUACAAUAUAAACAAAAUAUGAAAUUAAAGAAUGAGAUAGCUAUGUGAAGUCCAAUUUUGCCAAUACACUGUUAUGAUCUGUAAGUGAGGCAUGGCAGAAGUAACCACAGACCAAACAGAAAUGUUGAAGGAAAAUACAGACAGUGCCAUCCCUGGAAAACUAGUAACAAAACGGAAUGGUAUUGAUGAAGAUGUUAGCAAGGAAUCCAGUCUUGAGGAGAAGUCUGUCCCAGUCAAUGGUGUUACUGAUGACCUUAGCAAUGGCCAAACUGAAGAAGUAAUGGAAGUUGAUGGCGAUAAAGAAGAAAAAUCCAUUGAAAAUGGAAAUGAGAAAAAGUCUGAGAAUGAUAAUACACCAGUCAUAUUGUCUGACAAUGGAGACAGUGAUGUUAUGGAAAGCAAUAAAGGGUCUGAAAGUCCUGUUGUUGUUAAUUCUGAUGCCAGUCAGGAUGAUGAUAACUCGGUAGAAUGCAUGGAUGUAGAUGGUAAAGAAGACGAUGACUCUAAUAUAGUUGAACUUAGCUCAAAUGUUAGUGCACCAAAUUCUGAUAUUGUUGAAGUUGGGCAGAAUGAUUCAAACAACCCUAGUCUGAUUUCAGAAGAUAGUUCAAGAGAUUCAUCAGUGAGUGAGGAAAGUGUGAAGUCGGGAAAUAGUGUAGAUUUAAAGCAGAAAGAGGGUUUAGUGGAGACUGUAAAGGUUGAUGAUGAUGAAAUUUUAAUAACUUUGAAUGAUGAGGAAGAGGCUAGUAAAGAGAAAACUAUAGAUAAGAAGGCAGAAAAUUUGUCUGGUGAAAAUAAUAAAGAUGUUGAAAAACAAGAAUCUGAAAAUAAAGCAGAAAUUACUGAAAGAAAUAAAGAAGUAAAAUCUUCCGAUGAAGACACUAGUGCCAAUCUUGUUAAAUCGGUCCCUGUAGCUGCAAUAACCACAGGAGCUAGUUUAAUCAUUCAAACAUCUGCAAGCCAGGUUAUUAACACACAAAACAUUAUUGUUCAAGGGCCAAAUAUACCAGUUGGUUCCCAGCUUAUUCGACAGGGAAACCAGUUUGGAUAUGUAACAUUAGUUGGAAAGCAGCAUAUAUUUGUACCAGUAAAUAGUACUGUUCCUGCCAUGGUUGCUAAAAAUCCAAAUCUAGCUAAUCAGUUAGCACCAGUACAGCAGCUACAACAAAAGGCAGCCCCUGGGCCCACAUUGAAGCCUGAAGACCUUAAACCAAAGUCUAGCUGGGAGAUGAUAGAGCUGAUGAGGUGGGAACUACAAAAUAGAGUUCCUGAUAAUUACAACUGGUCGGUUGUUUUUCAUGGACGAAAAGACGAUCUUAGUUCAGUUUCAACUUUUCUUCAAGAGCUUGGGAGUGAUGUAGUUAAAGAACAGGUAUAUAAGGACAUUAUACAGAUUCAAACGAAAAAGAAGGUAGCAGGAGAUCUUAAAGAUCCAGAAAUUGAAAGUUUAGAGAAAAUGAAAACUGUUUAUGAAAACACUAAGAAAAAAGUGGAACAUUUGCAGCUUGAAACCAAAGAAUGUGAAGAGUGUAAAUUCAAGACGGAAUCAAAUGUAGUGAUGAAUUAUCAUAAGGACUUUCCACAUUAUGACCCACCUUGGGACACAAAUAGAGGCUGGUUGAUGUGUGCUCAUUGUGAUUUUAAAACUAGAACAGUGGCACAUUUUAUUUUCCACACGAAAGAUAUUCAUAAUGUGCAAGCUAAAUUCAUAGAGAAAGAUCACUGUUUCCAGUGUUCUUUAUGCCCUUUGAAUACCUCGACAAAGAACAAGCUAGAGAAACAUCAGCAGAAAUGUAUCAAACAUUUUAAAUUGAAUUCCAACUUGCAACCACUCUACCAUGAUGUGAAUUUCUGUAUGAAGACCUGCUUUUAUAAGCCAAAAAAAGUAGUCCCUAAACCACCUCCGCCUGUUAAGCCUGCUGCUGCUGCUGCAAAACCAACAAUGUUGACACGGCAACAAGGUGCUCCACCAGCUGUUGCUCAGAGUUUGCUACCGCAGAAUAAAAAUAUACAACAGAUUACUCCAGCUGUUAGACCCAACACAAACGUUGCAAUACGACAGCGUCUCCCAUUAAUGAGAAGUCCAGCACUUCAGCAACCUGUUCAAAGACCUCAGAUUCAACAGCCUAGACCUACUUUAAGACCUCCUACUCUCCAGAGAGCCCCUGUUCCUCAGCAGAAGCCUGUUAAGCCUCCUAAUAAAGAAAUGUCUGGCUUUGAAGUGUGUGAGUUAUGUGGUGGCUAUGUCAAGGAUCGGCAAGCAUUGAGAAUUCACUUCUAUUAUGCUCACAAAGUAGAAAUGCCUCAGGCAAUAUUUAGCAGACCUAAUCCGCCACUUACUUGUGAAGUAUGUAAAUCACACUAUUGGACCACUCAAGGACUAUCGAAACACAAGACGGCACAGCGUCACUUCAUCGGAGCCCAGCCUCAGGCACCAAGUGGAAAGAUCACUACUGAAAUGGAAUGUUUCAUGUGUGUGAAGAGGUUUCCAAAUAUGUUUUUACAUUUUGAAAAAACUCACGGGAUGACGAUGAAAGACUUGGUAUUGGUACGUAAGUGCAUCAUGUGCGGAUAUGCUGCAAGUGAUUAUAAAAAUUUGGAGACACAUCUUGUGAAUACCCACGGUAUUCUGAUAAAAGUAAAUGACUAUAUUAAUGAUAAAAGUAAACCUGCUAGGCCAACUCCAUCGACAGCUGUAAUUGGAGGAGGUAAAAAUGUUGGAAAGAUCAACUACUGCGUUUUCUGCCAAAUACAGUUUCCUGAUAACAUUCAGUUAACAAUGCAUUGUAUAAAGAUACAUGCCACAUGUAGGACUUGUGGAAUGGUCGUUGCCACUAGCAAACACCUGGCAGACCACAGCUGCAGGAAAGCACAUAUUAAUCGUUCUUGCUACAUCUGUGGAACUAUUGUUACAUCUCAAGAAAAAUAUGCCAUCCAUUUACGUUCGCAUGUGAAGCCUUGUCGAGUGAAAAUUGAAAAUCUGUCCACAGAUGAAAUUGUUGAACUAAAGGAAAAAAUAAAGCGCGAAUAUAAGCCAGCUGUUAUAAGCCUUGAUUCCGAAGAAGAUUCUGAUGUUGAGGUUGUUGAAACAAAACCCAGUAAAAUGAAAGUUGUCCUUGAAAAAGAUGGAGAUGAUGAUGUAGAAAUGGUUGAUCUCUCAGAAGACACAGAUGAAAAAUCUGAUAAAACUAGUAAAUCUGAAAACGUGACAGAUGAAAGUGAAAAUAAAAAAGAAACCAACACAAGUCAGGAAACAGCUAAAAUCUCAGAAGAAAAUAAAACUGAAAUAAAAACUGAGUCUGGCGAAUCUUCAGAUGUGAAAGAGACUGGGGAAAAAAGUGAAACAAAAGAGGAAGAAAUAAAUAUUGAAAGUGUUCAAAUUAAAGAAGAAUCUGUUAAAGAUAAAACAGCUAAUAUCUCAGAUGAAAAUAAAAUUGAAAUAAAAACUGAGCCUGGCGAAUCUUCAGAUAUGAAAGAGACUGGGGAAAAAAGUGAAACAAAAGAGAAAGAAGGAAAUAUUGAAAGUGUUCAAAUUAAUGAAGAACCUGUUAAAGAUAAAACAAAUUCAUCAGAAAUUGCAGAUACAGUGGAGAAAAUAAAAUGUGAGACUGAAAUAAACAGUGCUUCAAAGGCUAAAGACAAUAGCAAAUCUGAGGACACUACUAGUCAAUCUGAGUCUGCUGUUGAUGGACAUGUUAGUAAAGUUAAGGAAGAUAUGGAACUUGAAAGUGAAAAAAUCAGUAAUGAUGUAAAAGUUGAAACUAAUACAAUUGAGUCUGAAGCAGAAAUGGAAGAAAGGUUGCUGGGAAAAGAGGAUGAUGAUGAUAGUGUUUCGAAUAGUGACAGUCAUAAACGUAAAAAGAGCGAGUCCGAUAUUGAUGAAGAUGAACUGUUACGAGAUGAUGAUUCAGGUGUAAAGAGACUAAAAGUUGAGGGUGAUAAUACUGUCAAAUCAGAAAACGAUAAUGCUGUAACAUCAGCUGAAAGUAAUGGUGACAAAAUAAAAACUAAACCGAAGGACACUGAGGAACAAUCAUAUGAUGAUGUAGAAAUGAGUGAAAGUGUUCCUGAAGCAACAACUGAUACUAUAUGAUGUGGACAUGUUGAUUAGUAAAUCCGUAUUACCCAUAUGAAUGCUUGUGAUGAAAAUUGUUAGGUGUUUUUUUUUCUGAUGAAAAUUUAGUGUUUUGUUUUGUUAAUGCUCAAGUUUUCUAUUGUUAAAUCCUUUUAGUAAACGUGAAUGAAACUGUGUUCUUUAUGGAACAUAUAUGAUCUGAGUGCAAUUCCAUUUAAUUGAACAUCUUAUACAUUAUAUAAUGUUAAAUAUGAUUGGUUAAAUAUUAUGGAUAGGGUCACGUGUUUAAAAAUGAUUGAAAUUGUUAUGGGAAUAUUUUUACAUUUGUUACAUAUUCAUUCAGAUUUGACAUAAUAGUGCUUUGAUUUUACAUGAAAAUAAGUUGCAACAGCAGGGUCACAUUAUUGACAAGAAUACCAAAACACUGUACUGAAAUCUCUGAAUUGAUGGUCAACACAAUUGAUGUCCAUAUCUGUCAUUAU